AUGGAAGGUGGAGCUAACACGGUGGACACCGAAAUGUCUGAGGCGCCGCCGCAGAAGGCAGGCCAGAAACCCCAGCCGCCUAUCGAGCACACCCCGGCGAUGCUGAGCCACGGCGGUCGUUUCACCCAAUACAACAUCUUCGGCAACAUCUUCGAGGUCACUUCCAAAUACAAGCCCCCAAUCCUGCCAAUCGGCAAAGGUGCCUAUGGCGUCGUCUGCUCGGCUUUGAACUCGGAGACGAAUGAAAAUGUGGCGAUAAAGAAGAUAUCAAAUGCUUUUGAUAACAAAAUCGAUGCGAAGAGGACUUUACGUGAGAUCAAGCUUCUUCGCCAUAUGGAUCAUGAAAAUAUUAUUGCAAUCCGAGAUAUAAUACCGCCAUCUCAGACUGCAUCAUUUAAUGAUGUUUACAUUGCUUAUGAGCUUAUGGAUACCGAUCUGCAUCAAAUCAUCCGUUCCAAACAAGCCUUAUUAGAAGAGCAUUGCCAGUAUUUCUUGUAUCAAAUCCUCCGUGGUUUGAAGUACGUACAUUCUGCAAAUGUUCUGCAUAGAGACUUGAAGCCUAGCAAUCUCCUCCUGAAUUCGAAUUGUGAUCUAAAGAUAGGCGAUUUUGGAUUAGCACGUGUCACCUCUGAAACAGACUUUAUGACAGAGUAUGUUGUUACGAGGUGGUAUCGGGCACCAGAGCUAUUGUUGAAUUCUUCUGGUUAUACUACAGCUAUUGAUGUGUGGUCAGUGGGGUGUAUCUACAUGGAAUUGAUGGGUCGGAAGCCAUUAUUUCCAGGUAAAGAUCAAGUGCAUCAGUUGCGCCUACUUAUGGAGCUGAUUGGCACCCCAUCUGAGCCUGAGUUGGAGUUCUUGAAUGAAAGUGCAAAAAUAUAUAUCCGGCAACUUCCUCGAUAUGCCCGACAAAGAUUGACUGAAAAGUUUCCGCGUGUGAACCCUCUUGCUAUUGAUCUCAUUGAGAAGAUGUUAACAUUCGAUCCUAGAAAAAGGAUUACAGUUCAAGAUGCACUGGCACAUCCGUACCUAAACUCGCUCCAUGACAUCAGUGAUGAGCCUAUUUGUCCAACUCCAUUUAGCUUUGACUUCGAGCAGCGUGCUUUGACCGAAGAACAGAUGAAGGAGCUGAUUUACAGGGAGUCUCUUGCAUUCAAUCCCCAGUAUGGGCAAGCUUUGGAAUUUAAGCGCCAAAAAAUUCAGUUGUGUACGCAGAGCUUAGUAAAACAGUGUUCAAGCAGGUCGGUCCACUGCACAGCCCGUGCUGAAUUGGCCCUGACUUCUCUGAGUACCUGGCUGUCCCAUAUCGUCCUAUGUAUCUAA